AUGGAUCGCCCGGUUCGGUUUCACCCUACCGAUGAACAGCUUUUCGCUCACUUCCUCGUCGGAAAGGCAACCGGCGCGCCAUUGCCACCCAAUCCUAUCGAAGAACGCGACAUUUACAGCCAGGAGCCUCAGGAGAUCUUUGACGCGGCUUCGGACCGGACGUUCUACGUUUUCACCACGUUGAGAAAGAACAAGUCGAGGGUUUUAAGGACGGCCGGAUCGGGGACGUGGAAAGAGCAGCACUCAUCGAAGAUCACAAACGGUGACGGCGAGUUAAUUGGCCACAAGAAGUCCUUCAAGUUCAAAGGAGGACAAGGCUCAAGUGCAACGAAUGGACGCUGGAUCAUGUACGAGUUCUCAAUGUGCGACGAGCAGCAAUGCAAGUACGUCUUGUGCAAAAUCAAAUAUCACAAAGACGAGAAGAAAUCAGGAGAGAAGGCAAUUGUAAUUUCGGACGACUCUCCGGAGCGAUUCGAAGACGUAGACCAAGCUCGAGCUGCUGCUUCCCGAGCUGUUGGCAGCGGCGUCAUGUACGCCGAACCACUUCGGAUGUCGACGGUGGCAGCGGCCACCUUGCAUUUGGAUACUGAUGACCCUGGUUUCUCUGGUUUCGGCAGUGACGCAAAUGCCAAUUCGCAUCUUCCAAUGGCGACGGCGACGUUGAAGCAAAGCAGCAACGUAACCCUCAGUCCGCUCUUCACGACCGCAAAGGCGGGGGCUGUGAGAAGGGACAUUCGCUGCGCUAGUUAUUCCCCGGCUUUUGGGUGCAACCGGGGUGCCGACGUGCUUCCCGCGAUCACAACAUCCGCACAAGUAGAUACCGGCAACACCACUUAA